CCUCUGUUAAUGCAUUUAAAAAUAUUUUGAAUACUGUAUUUUGAUAUAAUUGGAUUUCUUUGUAAUUCUUUGCCUUUUAUUUCAUGCAUGGUUUUGAGGAGUCCAUUCCUAGGCUUUAGGAGGCUGUUGAGGAGUUAGGACACAAAGCUAAGAGCCCUUGAGAUCUCUAAGGCAAUCCACUGCCCUUUAGGACAGUUCUUAUGUUGAAAAGUUUUGCCUUCCAUCUCAUAGAGCUGUUCUAUUCUGCCUCUGCCCUUCUCCCUCUCCUCUUUUCCCUCCUAACCCUUUCUUCCUUCUUAAAUUUUCCCCUUCCCAUUCCUCCUGGCAGGCUGAGUGGCCUCUCCCCAUUCCUGGGAGAUGAUGACACUGAGACCCUCAACAACGUCCUGGCUGCCAAUUGGUAUUUCGAUGAGGAAACCUUCGAGACCAUCUCAGAGGAGGCAAAGGACUUUGUAUCCAAGCUCAUCAUCAAGAACCCUGGAGAACGGAUGAGUGCGGCUCAGUGCCUGGCACACCCCUGGCUCAACAACCUGGCAGAGAAGGCCAAGCGCUGUAACCGACGCCUCAAGUCUCAGAUCCUGCUCAAGAAAUAUGUAAUGAAGCGCCGCUGGAAGAAAAAUUUCAUCGCUGUGAGUGCUGCCAACCGUUUCAAGAAGAUCAGCAGCUCAGGAGCCCUGAUGGCUCUGGGGGUCUGAGGCCAGGGGGGCUGUGUGGAGGCUGCAACAGAACAACCCAGAGAGCCUCAGGGGGUUCAAGGGCCCUGCAACUGGGAGGGCCUGAGGGCAAUGGGCCAGGCUCCCCAAGGAAAGGACAGUCAAGGGGACAAAGCCUAGACUUCCACAGCUUGGACUUGGUGGACUCCCCUCAGAACUGAAGCCCGACCCAUUCUCUGGCUCAGGGUGGGGGCUUCCCCUGCUAAAAGGUAACCAGAUCCAGAUCCCUCCCUGUCCUUGAAUCUUCCUUCCUAGGCCCCCAACACACACAAACACAUGAUUAAGCCUCUGGGUCCUGUGAUGCUUCCCUCACUGGAUGCCACCUCAUGCAUGGGUUUCAUAGGAUUUCAAGCAAGAAGGGACCUUAGAGAUCAUCUAGGCCAAUUCUCUCAUUUGACAGAUGGGAAAAGCAAGUGAGAUCAGAGAGGGGGAAGUGACUGUCUGUGGUCACACAGUGAUCAGAGAGCAGAGUUGGGAUCUGAACCCACAAACCCUCUGAUUCCAAAAUUCAGAGCUCUUGUUCCUAUUCUGAGAGAGUGUCCAGUGGGAGGCUCUCUCCCAUUCUGCUGGGGCUUUGGAGUCCGGGAUUCGUUCAGAGGGGACAGGGUUGCCUAGAGCCCUAUCUAGUUUUCACUCCCCAAACCCCUCUGACCUCAGGAGCUUGUGUCCCAUGCUACAUCGAAGCGGCACCCCCUGCCCCAAGUCCUUUCCUCAUCCCCUGGCCCUCUAGCCUCAAGGGGAGUUAAUAGUCCAUUUUGGGGGCCGGUAGGGACGUGUGGCUCAUGGACAGACUUGGGGGCCCUUGGAAGGAGUAGAAGUCAUUAUGGCAUAAUAGAAAGAGAGCUAGAUUUUGGGGUCAUAAGACCUGGAUUUAAAUUCUGGUUCUGUUACUAGCUAUGGCGCCUCAAGUAAGUCACAACCUCUGGGCCUCGGAUUCUGCCUCUGUAAGUGAGGGGAUUUUCUAAGUGUUCUCUAAGUUCCCUUUCAACUCUAAAUCCUAUGAUCCCGGGUGCCCAAAUGCUCCCAGUUCCCCUAAACAGGAAAAAUACCCAGACUCAGAGCCAUUGCUUGCUGGGUGAACUCUACAGCUGGGGUGGGGGGAAUCUAGGGGGGAAAAAACAGUUCCUAUUAUGCCAGAAGGCUCAUUGAACAAAGCAGAAGGAAGAAAGGAAGGAAGGAAGGAAGGAAGGAAACCCCUGACCCAGAUCCCAGAAGGAGUCCCUGGCCACAGAGGUGAGGGUGGGGGUAGACAGCAAGGGCUUUGUUUCCUACUCACCUCCCUGGCCUUCCCAAGCCACCAACGGAGGCCGAGAGAGAUGGAACCUGCCUCCUCCCCAGAAAAGGAUUCCCCCACGUAGCUAGAGUCCAGAGAGGCUGCCGUGCUAAUGCAGACCAGCUGGGCCCCUAGUUGGCCUCCUCACCCCAAUGAAAGCACCAUUUCACAGUGACCACCAACAGGCAGGAACUUCUGUGUGUGAGUGGGCCAGAACUCAGGAGGAGGGCAGCCCUGCCCUGCCCUAUGCCCCUUCUCCCUCUCUCCUCCUCCUCCCCACAUGGGUCAGCAAGAACCUGGGAAAGAAGAUUUGGGGGGCAGGGGGCACUGCAGCAGCCUCCUAACAGAGUUGGCUAGCUCUUGCAGGGCUGCUAGUCCCCAGUAUCCAGAAGCCCUUGCCAUCUCUCCUUCCUAUUUAACCUCAAAUGACACAGUGACAUGAGCAGGCUCCUUAGAUGACAUCUCCGCCAUCCAGAAGUGCUCAGGAAUGGCCUCACCGCUCAUCCCACCCUCCCACCUAGGCUCCGAUGGUCUCAGUGAUGCAUCUCUGCAGGGCCAUUAUAGUGAAGCCACAUGGGAUGGUUAUAAUGUUCCGGGAGCACAUCCUCCCAACGAAGAUGAGGUUCAACAGCUCUGGCUUUCAUGUAAAUAAAUGUACAGGAAGAACAA